CGCAGAUAAUUCUCAGAUAACUUGCAGAUACCUUUAUUCUCUCGCCCCCCCGCCAUGGACGUCUCCCACGUGCUCGACGAGUACACCGCCAGCAACACCACCGCCGUCCUCCCCCGCGCCGCACCCGUCCACACCGACCCCGCCCUGCUCGCCGCCUUUGACGCCUCCCCCCUCGACCCCGCAGCGUACGCCGACCGCGAGCGCCACCUGCUCCAGCUCACCCUCACCUCCACCCACGCCCUCGUCGCCGCCCUCUUCGCCCUCCCCACCACCCCCUCCUCCGCCGGCCCCGUCACCGCCUUCCCCCCGCCCACCACCCUCCUCCCCAGGGAGAAGCCGCUGCCCACGCCAAAGGCCCCCACCAAGUGGGAGCGCUUCGCCAAGGAAAAGGGCAUAAGCCACAGGAAGAAGGAGAAGGACGUGUGGGACGAGGAGCGCCAGGAGUGGGUCCCGCGCUGGGGCAGGUUUGGCAAGAACAAGGACAAGGAGGACCAGUGGCUGCAUGAAGUCAAGCCCGGCGACGAAGCCGACCAGGACCCGGGAAAGACGGCGCGCGGCGAGCGCAAGGCGCGCAUCGCCCAGAACACCAAGCAGCACUCGGCCAACCUCGCCGUCGCCUCGGCCUCUGUCACCGCCGCCCGCGCCACCGCCGCCUCGGAGCGCGCAGCCCGCAAGGAAGAGCUCAACAGGAACAUGCUCAUCUCCAAGACGUCCACCGCGUCCUUGGGCAAGUUUGAUAACAAGAUUGAGGGCGAGCCGAAAGCGAGGGGCAUGAAACGGAAAUUCGACGCGAAUAUCCCUGGUGGAAGCGAGGGCACGGAAAAGGAGAGGCAGCUGUCCGUGCUCAAGCGGGUCGAGAGGGGCGAAACGAACAAGUCGAAGAGGGGCGGAGAGGGUGUCCAGGGCGGGUUGAAUGUGAGGAAAGCGCUCAGGUUUAGUGGGGAAGGUGGGAAACUGAGGCCAAAGACGACGGGCAAGAAGGGCAAGAGAAAGUAGUCAACUCUUUAGAUAUAGUCUUUUAGAUUUUUCCAUGUAACCGUGUACCAUACC